GAAAGAUGUCUACACAAGCGAUUUAAACCUCUGCUGAAAAAAAGAGAAAGCAUUUUUAAUAUUAUUUUUCUCAUUUCUCAUUAGUUAACUUUAAUUCUUAAAAUCUCAUCUCAUUUAAGCAUCAUGGCUUUGGAAGCUACAACACAACCCGAGGUAGAUGAUAAAACAUUAGAAGAAAUUGAAAACGUUUCGAAUAGCUGUGAACCCGGUAAGAAACAGAAGAAAAAGAAGUCCAAAAAGAAAGCCGUAGUGAAAGAAGUUGAUGAGAUCGAUACUACCGAACAAAACAACGAACAGGAUGAACAACAGGAUGGUAACAAUGAACAACCAGAAAACAAUCAGCCACCAAAUUCGGGUACCACAGGGAAGAAGAAAAAGAAAAAAAAGAGUUCUAGUGCUAAGAAAAAAACUGAAGGAGAUGUGAAUAAACAAACUGAUCCUCCAUCCAUUCCUAUUAAUCAAAUAUUUGCCGAUGGAAAUUAUCCGAUUGGUGAAAUCAUGGACUAUCCCAAAGUAGAUUAUGACAAUCGCACAGCAAUUGAUCGUACAAGCAGUGCUGAAAAGAAAGCCUUGGACGCUGCCAAUAUUGACAUGUACAAAGAAUUAAGACAAGCUGCUGAAGCUCAUCGACAAACUCGUAAAUACAUUAGAGACUUUAUCAAGCCAGGAAUGAAAAUGAUUGACAUAUGUGAAACUUUAGAAGGUAUUGCUCGUAAACUAAUUGAUGAGAAAGGCUUAGAAGCUGGACUUGCCUUUCCAACCGGCUGUUCAUUGAACCACUGUGCUGCUCAUUACACUCCUAAUGGUGGUGAUAAUACAGUUUUCGAGUACGAUGAUGUUUGUAAAAUUGACUUCGGUACUCAUAUUAAUGGAAGGAUUAUUGACUGUGCCUUUACGUUGACUUUUAAUGAAAAGUAUGAUAAGCUUUUAGAAGCUGUUCGUGAAUCAACCAACACUGGAAUCAAAGCUGCUGGAAUAGAUGUACGUCUUUGUGAUAUUGGUGAACAGAUUCAAGAAGUAAUGGAAUCUUACGAAGUAGAAAUAGAUGGGAAAGUUUAUCCAGUUAAAGCAAUUCGUAAUCUGAAUGGCCAUUCCAUUGGACCUUACAGAAUACACGCCGGUAAAACUGUUCCAAUUGUAAAAGGAGGUGACCAAACUGUUAUGGAGGAAGGAGAAGUUUAUGCCAUCGAAACAUUUGGUAGCACAGGUCGUGGUUAUGUCCAUGAUGAUCAAGAUUGUUCUCAUUAUAUGAAAAAUUUCGAUGUCGUUCAUGUCCCGUUAAGAUCAACUAAGUCGAAACAACUUUUAAAUGUAAUUAAUCAAAAUUUUGGUACAUUAGCUUUUUGUCGUCGUUGGUUAGACCGAUUGGGCCAAAGCAAAUAUCUUCUUGCUCUCAAUGAUUUAUGCCAAAAGGGAAUUGUUUCUCCAUAUCCUCCACUUUUUGAUAUCAAGAAAAGUUAUACUGCCCAAUUUGAACACACAAUCAUUUUGAGACCAACUUGUAAAGAAGUUGUUAGUCGAGGUGAUGAUUAUUAAGAAAGUAUCAGAUUCAAUUGAGAAUCAAAGCCUUAAUUAAACUCACCCAGAUUGUCCACUUGAUGUUGAAACAAUUAGAAAGUCAAUAAAAAAAGACUUUUUAUAUAAUGAUA